GGGCAGAGUAUCAGGUGCAGGGUGGUGGCCCAGCCCCAGCAGGAGGGUCCCUGGUAGAGCACAGGGCACCAGGAGGAGCCUCAACAUUUCCGGCGUGUCUGAGUCCUCACUGGCUCUAUAAAGUGCUGCACCCAUGGGUCCCACAUCAGGCACAGCAAGGGACGCUCUGCAGCAGUCUAGCCCAGCUCCCACGGCUCACCACCACUCAGUGGGACCAUGAGAUCCUCCACAGCUGCACUUGCUGUGCUUUUUGUGGCUGUCCUCUGCUACCAGGUCUCGUCAUCUCCACUUUCUCUCCGCUAUUUUAGUCCCUGCUGCCAACAGUACAGCACCAAACCGCUGCCCCCAAGACUUGCAGUGAAGUAUGAGUACACAGACAGCCACUGCUUGCAGCCAGCUGUGAUAUUUACAACAGCUCGAGGCAAAAAGGUCUGUGGCAAUCCUGAUGAUAAGUGGGUCCAGAACAUCGUGAAUCAGCUAAAGGCCAAGCAGGCAGUGGCUGAGCAACCAUCACCUCCGUGAAGACCUCCUCUCAUGGGUACCACCGAGACACAUCUCUUUUUUCUUCUUGCCUGUGAGCUUGGCAGGCUGUUUAACACAGUGUUUAGCUCUUUUAUUUAAGUUUAUUUGUAAUUUAUUGGACAUUUUCCAUGCAGGUUUUCAUUCUGAUUUGUAUGGUGAAGUUAUUUUGUGUAAUAAAAAGGAGCAAAUCCUACAGCUUCUCCUCACUGCCUCUCAGGAUGCUUCAUGGAGGCUCUGGUGGGCAGUAGUGGCUGGAAG